AUGGCAACAGAAGUUGAGAUGCCCAUCUCCAUGAUGCCCAUGCACCAGGCCCCCGACUCCUCGAGCCCCGAUUCAACCGCAGCUCCCGCUUCCGCCACCGCCACCUCCUCCAAGCGGACGCCCUCCCCUACCGCCUCUGCCGCCGGCCAUAGCUCCGGUGGUAUCUCCAAGCGCCCACCUCGCAAGAGCACUCUGACACAGCAGCAAAAGAACCAGAAGCGCCAGCGUGCUACCCAGGACCAGCUUGCUACCCUCGAAGUCGAGUUCAACAAGAACCCGACUCCCACAGCCAAUGUCCGCGAACGCAUUGCAGAUGAAAUCAACAUGACGGAGAGGUCUGUUCAGAUUUGGUUCCAAAACAGACGCGCCAAGAUCAAGCUGCUGGCCAAAAAGAGUCUUGAAACAGGCGAAGAUAUCGACUCCAUCCCCGAAUCGAUGCGCGCAUACCUUGCCAUGCAGGCUAUGGAGUCUGGCAAGAGCCUCGGUGGAGGCUAUCUCGGCCGCACUGGUCUUGUCCCAUUUGGUCAUGGUGGUAAUCCGCUUCUUGGCGAACAGACCGGCCCUGGCAAAGUUCUCAUCCAUCACCUCACCUGUCGCUCUCUCAGCAUCGGCAAGUGGACCAGAGUCGGCCAGAACAUGAUGGAUCUCAUCAUCUUCUACUCCCCCGACAAGUGUACCAUGACCUACUACAUCAACAACGAGCAGGCCGGCUACAAGAUUGAGUACCCCUUCGCUUACAUCAAGAACAUAUACUUGGAAAACAACGAAGGCGACGCUUCCAAGCUCGGUGGAAUAGUGAUUGAGCUCAACCACGCACCCAACUUCUUCAUGGACUCGCCCCCGUCCGCCGGCGGCUUUUAUCAGGUUGGUGAUUUCACCGAGGACUCUCAGGCGUCGAGCUGCAUGAUUCACCACCUCGGCGGGAACCCCAAGGUUCUCAGCGGGCAGCUCGCCAAGCUCGUCUCCCUCGAGUCCUUCAUGAACCGCCAUAGUGCCAUGGCCUAUGCGACCCCAAGCCCGAAUGCGGCAAUGGACGCUCACGCCAUAGCCGCUUCGGCCCCCGUCUCGCCCAUUCCACGCCCGUCCUCCCAGCCCAACUUUGCCCCCAGCCACAUGGGCAUGAUGCCUGACCAGAACCAUUGGGGCAUCGGCCAGAUGCACUCGGCCAUGCGCCCCCCCCAUGGCCACAAGCGCCAGAGAAGUCGCUCCGUCCCCGGCCCAAUUGACUUCGCCAUGUUCCAGAACCAGCCAAUGCCCUCGUUCUACAUUUCAGCCCCCACCGACAUGGGACCGCCCCAAACACCUGGUGUUUACGCUCCUGUCCCGCAGCAGCCCAACAUGGCCAACAAUCUUCGUAUCGACACACAGGCUGGCUUCGGGCUCGACAUGCGCCAGUAUCCCAUGUCCGCUACGACUGCCUCGCCCGCCGACUUUCCCCACAGCCCCAGUUUCUUCUCUCAGGGGCACGAGGGCACACCGCUGGGCACUCCUGGCUACACUCCUGCCUAUGGCGGGGCCUUCAUGUCUCCCAUGGUGGGCUCCGAGACCAACGGCCCGGCCUCGAGCUCGGCUCUUGGCUACGCCGGCAACGAGCCUGCCAUUCUCGACCAAUCUCCACCCAUGGGCAUGAUGGGCCGUCCAGGCUCCGCUGGCAUGUACGCGGCGCAAGACGGCUCCUGUGCCGUCUCCGAUGAGGGUAACACGCUCAAUGAUAUGUACACGAAGCAUCACCUUAACCUUUCGCCAAACUUUGCGCAGCCGCAACAAGCAGAACUCGACAUGGACCAGCUGGUUCAUUUCGACACGGUCGACCCGUCGAGCCUUUCGCCCCCCGAAGCUGCCGCCUCGGCAUCGCAAUAA